AUGGCCAACCCGAUUAGUAGAAGAAAAACUAGGGGAAAAGCAAGAAUAUCUAUGCACUCUCCUGCAUGGGAAGAAAAACCCUGCCGUUACGUAUUACGCGUUUUAGUAUUGAUUGAAUUGCUUUAUGCGUUCGCAUCUGAUCACAUCAAAACAGCCACAAUUGAAAAUGUUCUUUGUGAUUCCAUUCGCAUCGCCUCACUCUCUGAUUCUCGCAUUCACGCAUCGCCUCAGUCUCUAAUCAACCACCUCGCGGAUGACUUUGUGGGUAAAGUUUUUCCACACCUUGGAGAAACUCGUUUAUCCGGUAAUUACACCCGUUUUGAAAAGAUGGGCGGGGUUAAUAGAGAGGGAAAUACGGAGGACCUAUUUUUGGGCAUGUCACUGAUACAGCAACACACGAUUGAUGACUCAACGAUACUGGUUUCCCAUUCCAAUCGAUUCCAUUCUCCAGAAUUUCCGGUGAAAAUGGCUGACUUUCUACAACAAAGGCAAUUUGCAUCUGGACAAGAUCAAAUUCCCUCAUCAAAGCCUGUUCAAUGUCAUCCACAGCGCCUGCGACUGGAUUCCGCCAUUUGUAUGCCAUCAGCAAAAAAGUCCACGGCAUACUGUGAGUCGACCACGAAAGCCAAGGAGGAUUGCCGAGAAAAUGAGAGCUUGGAAAGAUGGGUAGAUAAUCUGCUGAAAGAAUUUGAUAAUGUGAUGUCGGUCAACCUGAACACCGAUCUCAGUCAGGAGAAUAACCGACGAGUGAAGGAGUUGAUCCAACAAAUUGACGACCGUCUUAAUAAUACAUUGACCGAUAAUAUCGAAAGCUUUCGUGAGUUUGUUCGAGAAAAGAAAAUAGAUUGCGAGCUGCUGUUAAAAAACAACACUCUGAUAAAGCAGGGAGAUGCACGUGAAGAUGGGACGCUGCUCGUAGGUCAGGGGGUCAAUAAAGCAAAGGUGCCUGACACCGCAUCGAAGGAGGUCCCGAACAAAAAGUUUGCCAGGUUUCUUAAAAAAGCUGCAUCGCCGAUAACCAAGAACUUGCAUCGAAUAACGGAAAGGGAAAAGAACUCGGAUUCAACACCCGAGC